UAUUUUCUUAAAUGUGUUUACCCGUGAACAGGAUUUAUAUGUGAUUUAUGUAGCUAACAGGGCAGUUCAAAUCAUUAUAGAUUUAUUAUAUAUACAAGUAUUCUCUUAAAAAAAUGAGUAGUUGUAAGUGGCAGUGUAGCGUAUUUGUGUGUUAUAAUACAGUUUGUAACUAAAAGGGGUAAAUAAUGUUUAAGGGGUAAAUAAUGUUUACAUGGAUUGGGCUGGAUGGAUUAGAUAAACAUUUGAUACAUCUAUUGUGCAUAAUUCGAUUAUUACCUUACACAGAGACCAGGAUGCAGGAUCACGUGACUUUGUUGGAUUCCCAAUGAAAAUUAACACACCGAGAUUCUCUCCAACGCCUCUUACGAGACUAAAUGUUCAGGCUUCUCAGGGCAUGCGUCGUACUUUAUUGGAUCCAAUGUGAUGCGAGUAUGUACUAUGAGCACAACAACAUGACAUGCAUCAUGUGUACUCCGGGGUCACAUUGGGUUGGUCAUUGCUUGACCGACGGAGCGUCUGCUAAGUGCGUCCCUUGUCCAGACAACCACUACCUCCCUUACGACAACAGAGCGUAUUCUUGUCAGGCAUGUAGGAUAAGUUGUAGGAACCAGAAUCACGAGGACGAGAGUGUUCAGAGAGAAGUUAUAGUACAGCCCUGUACUACUAUCUCUGACUUGAAGUGCCAAUGUAAGGAAGGUUUCUGGAGAAAAUCCGGGGCUUAUGGCGUGUGUCUUCUUGUGUCGACAUGUGAUCAAGGACAGGGCGUUAAAACCAAAGCUACCCCAAACAGUGACACAGUAUGUGAGGAUUGUAUUGAUGGAGAAACAUUUUCAAAUGUGUCAUCAACAACAGAACAAUGUCUUGCAUGCUCCACAUGCGGCACGGAUGAAAUCGAUCAGCGUUCUUGCACCUCAACUGAGGACACUAUAUGUGCUCUGUGGGUUACAACUGAUCGCAAGGAGCUGAUUUGGGGCCUUGGUGUUGGAAUUUCCUUGCUGGUCGUGGUGUUUGUAACAAUUGGUGUUGGGCUUUGUGUCUGCUGUUGCUGCCGACGUGCUAAAAGUGAUCCAUCAAAUCAAGUUGAACUUCUAGUCAAUAAUGUCUGUACGCACGAAGUCGUCAAUAGAAGUGGAAACCGAGCACAUGGGACUGCUGUUCAGGGACAAAGACCUGAGGAAAAUGGGAUAUUCACACACUUGUUGAUCGAUGAAACAAAUACAAAUGACACUGCAUCUCGUAAGGAGUCGGUUCAAGUUAUUGUUAGUCACGCCCGCAAUAGAGGUAAUGCCAGUGGAUCUGCUUCACAGGCAAAUGGGGCGUCUGUCAACGAUAUUGCUUCGCACACCGUUAGUGCUCAAGACAACGAGAACGAGACUGAAGAGCCUAUCGUUGAAAAUGGGCAACUUUGUAUUGAUAAUGCAUACAUACGCAAGGGAAGAGCUGCAAAUGUGAUACCUGAUGGAAAAAAAGCUGGUGCUAAAAACAAACCAUCCGAUGCUUCCGACCCAGAACUGUUUAGUGACUCUGCUAUAUCAGUUGUUGGGGAGGAAGAGAAGCUAGUGCGUGAGCAGUGCUACAAACUCUUUCGUGCUUGGGAAAAUAAUCAGACCGAUGUCCGAGAACUACCAGCCAUGGAAAUCCCAUUGGAACUUGUCAGAAGAUUGACGUCAAUGUUUCGGGAAGACACUGCCAUGAAUUGUUCAUGUACAUGCCUGGAAAUAUUAGAACGUUAUGAAAACGCGUGGUUUCGAAAAUGCAGACAUAUAAAUACACGCACAUAGUGACUUCUCAUUAUGUAUUAUUUGUUCUGAUUCAGAUUCCUGUAAAUAUAAAAUGUGUGUUACUUGUUAAAUUUUAAAUAAAAUAAUUAUGUUUCAUUGCGUAUGUUCGAUUUUAUCAUAGUUUUAUGUCAUGUUAUUUAAAUGUAUAUGUUAUGGCAUUGUUUUAUAAGAUGCACUGGUCACGACCAAUUGGCUUAUCUAUCAUAUUGUUUAAAGUUAAUAAUAAACUUGCUCACUGACAUAAACGUAACCACUGCUACCAAUAUUCAUUGUGUGUACUUGUGCUCUUGUUCCAUUUCAAUGUAUUAUAUCGCAGUGUUAAUAAAAAUAAUGUACAGA